UCGGCGAAGGAAACACACUAACUGACGUAGCGCCUUCCAAGUCUUCAACCGUUUGUGGUGGUCGGGCCGCGGAAGGGAAUGGUCCGUGUCGUUUUGGAGACUCGUGAGGAAGCAGCGCGGCGCCGUGUGAACACCCCCGCCAUGGCCCUGCUGAAGGUGGUGUUGGUGCUGCUGGUGGGCUGGUGUGCUGCUGCUCCCGCCCCCAUUCCUGCCCGCAUUCCUGACCCAGCCCCUGCCUCCGCCCCCGGCCCCGACCCUGCCUCCGACCCUGGCCCCGACCCUGCCUCCGCCCCUGGCCCCGACCCUGCCUCCGCCCCUUCGCCCGAGCACCCCGACACCAACGCCUCCUCCCACGCCGACGCUGCUACCCUCGACGAAGAACCAAGUGUGAGGGAAAAACGCUCUUUCCACCCUGAGCCGCCCGCGUCUGGUGGCGGCGGUGGUGGUGGCUCCACUUCCUCCACCUCCACCCCCUUCACCUUCCCAUCCUCCACCCCCUUCACCUUCCCAUCCUCCACCCCCUUCACUUUUCCUUCCUCCACCCCCUUCACUUUCAGCUCCACUCCCAAGCCCUUCACCUUCCGCCCCUUCACUUUCGGCCACUCCACCACCCCCAACCCCUUCACCUUCGUCCCCCCCACCACCUCCAGCCCCGUCUCCCCUUACUUCGCUGAUCCUCAAGGCCGCCCCGCCCCCUCGCCACCCACGCUGGGGCAAGAACUGACUCCACCACCCUCGAAGUGCCCCCACUUGGAGACCUUCUGCGACCCUUCCUCACCCUACCGAACGUUCAGUGGCCGCUGCAACAACCUCCAACACCCGGACUUCGGCGCCGCGGGUCAAGACUUCAUCCGCUUCCUCCCCCCAGCCUACGACGCUCCCGCACUGUUCCGCACCCAGUCGGUCCGCGGCGGUCUGCUGCCCAACCCUCGCCUGCUGAGCCUGCUGCUGCGCCAUGUACCGGAGGGCCACGGCCAGCCCGCCAACGCCCUCUUCGUCCAGAUGGGGCAGUUUCUGGACCACGACUUCGCCAUCACCACCACCGUCAGUAGUGGCGGUGACUCUGGGUUCAGCUGCCGCCCCUGCUCCUCUUGGGUCCACCCCCCCUGCGCGCCCAUCCCCAUCCCCGUCAACGACCCGUACAUGCCCCCCGUCACGGAGUCCGGCCAGCCCAGGUGCCUCCGCUUCACCAGGAGUGUGGGGCACGUCACCAGGGACGCGCAUGGCCGCAGGACUCUCCGGCAACCCAACAUGAACACGGCCUUCAUCGACAUGGCCCCGAUAUAUGGUAACGAGGCCUGCACGGCGGAGUCAAUAAGGGAGCGUCGCGGCGGGCGGCUACGGUCUGACACCAACCACAUGCCUCUGAUGCGGCCGGCCUCAGAGUUCCCGUUGUGCCGCUCGGAGGACGGUCACUGCAUGCACUCCGGAGACAACAGGGCCAACGAGAACCUUGGCCUGUCGAUGCUCCACGUGCUGUUCCACCGCGCCCACAACCACAUAGCGAAGGGGCUGCAGGGCGUCAAUCCACACUGGGACGACGAGCGGCUCUUCCAGGAGGCGAGGCGCAUCAACAUCGCCCGCUUCCAGAACCUUUUGUACCGCGAGUAUGUUCCCACGCUCAUCGGCUACCACGCGGCGGCCAAGGACCAGCUCAUCCCACACCACGAGGGCUACUUCUUGGACUACAACGCCUCCGUCAACCCCGCCAUCUUCAACGACUUCACCACCGCCGCCUUCAGGGUUGGUCACUCUCAGGUGCCCCAGUACUUCUUCAUGAUGGACGAGCGCUACCGACCCUACAAUCACGUGCCCCUCCACCAGACAUUCUUUAACCCGUCUUAUCUAAACCAGCCUGGCGCCUUUGAGCCCCUGAUGCGGGGGCUGUUGGCGACAUCCAAGCGGCCGACAGACCUCAGCUUCGUGGACUGCCUCAACAACAAGCUUUUCCAGGAGGGGGACGACCCGCUCUCCGGCCACGACCUCUUCGCCAUCAACAUUGCCAGAGGACGCGAUCACGGGUUGGCUUCCUACGUAAGGUAUUUAUCGAAGUGCAAGAUUAAGGAGGUGACGUCCUUCGCUGACCUCGAGUCCCUAAUGCCCCGAAGAACCGCUGACCUGCUCUCCAAGGCGUACGCUGACGUGCAGGACAUUGACCUCUACGUCGGGGGGCUGUCAGAGACGCCGAUGCCCGGGGCGAUGGUGGGGCCAACCUUUUCCUGCAUCCUCACCACACAGUUCAUCACGUCCAAGACCGGGGACAGGUUCUGGUUCGAGGGCCCGGGCGCCGGCUUCACCCUGGACCAGCUGCAAACCAUCAGACGGACGAGCCUCGCCAGCGUGUUGUGUGGCUGCUUCUACCAGUUCGACCCCCACGUGCCCGCCCAGGCCUUCCUCCUGCCCGACCAGCAAAGCAACCCUCUGAAGCGAUGCAGCGAGCUCCCGAAAAUCGACCUGGAGCUGUGGCGGGAGGUGCCCCACAGCCCCCCCACGCCCUGUCGCCACCUGGGCCACGACUACCAGGUGGGCCGCCCCGUGCCUGUCUCCCCCUGCCUCGUGUGCGUGUGCCAGAAGGACGGGGAGGUGUGGUGUCGCUGUAACCUGUCUGGCUGCACACACGAGCCAAAGGACUACCACUGCCGCCGAGUCUGUGGCCACACCGCCCCGGGCCCGCAGCCACAGCCACAGCCUCACCCACAGUACACGCUGCACUGAUUGUUAAUGUUGUUAAUCGUCGUUGUUUAUUGUUACCUGCGUGUGUGUGUGUUUGUGUGUGUAUGGCGAAGCGUGUGUGGCUGUAGCGAAGAUAAAUAAAUAUUAAGUAAUU